CUGCUGUAUGGCUGUCAAUAAGACUUUCACCCUAGGCUCAAGCCUGUCUCCCACCUGGGGGGACACGCCUGUGCAACCAGGCUUUUCUGCUUUGUUUUCUGGAGAUAAGGUCUCACUAUGUAGUACUGGCUGGACUUGAACUCAUCACCCUUAAAAGUACCCUUUCACUGGCCUCAGCUUUUCUUCUCUAUAGUAGAUCCUGGUUAUUGAAUGCAAUCAAUCAUCUUUUACAGAGUUCAUACUUGCUAAGUCACCCACUCACUAAAUGUGGUGAUUUCAUAGCCAUUUGUGGGCACUAUGCAGGGUACAAACUUGGGAUCGCCAUCAUGUAUGUUUGUUUUUUCAUGGUCUGUUUAGUGCCUUUUUCAUUUUUGUGCUCUUUGUGGUCAUUUGGCUGUUUAAGGUGACCUUAAACACAGUACCCACUGCCCCCAGCUGAUCUUUGAUGACAGUGAGUGUCCAGCAUCUUUGAAACUUGAGCAUACACAACUGGGCUAUAAAACAUCUUCAAAAACCUAUAAUUUCUAGAUGUGAGAAGGCUCUGACAAGUGCCAUGGGGAUCUGUGAUUAGUGCUAGCAGGUCCAGAUGGUGAAUUUUAAAAUAAAUUUAACAAGAUUGAUUCCACAGGUUCAAUAGGAACAGUCUGGGGAUGGAUAGGAUGAAUAGGGCCGGCAGACACAAGGAAGAGGAGGGCUGGGGACUGCAGUCACAUUGGUGUAGCUAGUUGGUGCCAUCACCAUUGUCUCUGUGUCCUUACUGCAGGAUCAGGUUGUGGGGAGAGAUGUAGUGACUUCACUGGCAGGCAGUGAACUGCUGAAGCAUUGCUCCUGAAGACCGUGCAAGUCGCACAGCCUAGAUGUAAGCACAGAGGUGGAGAUCUGUGUUUAUCUCAACGGCUCAGAAGCUCACAAUGAGGGCAAGAUCUUUAUAAACUGUGUAAGGAUCAUUAAACUUUUUAGAGAGGUCAAAAUGAGCGCUUUAGGACUUUCUGCACAAGUAUUUGUGAACAUGUUUUCAGGGAGUUUGUGUGUUUUCAAGGAGGCUUUGUGUGGUUAUGUGUACACAUGCACACACAUGUGUUCAUGUUUUUGUGCAGGUGUCCAUAUGUGUGCAUGUUUGUGGAGGCCAGAAGUCAACUUUGGGUAUCAUCUUCAGGUGCUGUACACCUUGUUUUUUUGAAUCAAUGUCUCUCCCUGGGACCAAGGGCUCACUAAUUAAGAUAGUCUGGUUAGCCAGUGGGUGCUAGGGAUUUGACUGUCUCUGCCCACCCCCAGCACUGGGAUUACAAGCAUGUACCACCAUGCUUGGCUUUUGAUAUGGGUGCUGGGCUUUGAGCUUAGGUCCUCAUGCUUGUGCAGAAAGCAUUUCACCAACAGAACCAUCCUCCCAGCUAUAGUGAAUAGCUUUUUAAUAAAGACACUUGCUUGGCUGCUUAACAGAAGUUUUCUUUCUUGGGCUAAAAGUAGCUGCUUCUAUUAUAUCCUAAAGUGCCUGGCUUUCCUGGUAGAGACAUACAAGAACAGCCACAGGCUUGGAAUGUCCCAGGAGGGUAAGAAUAGCCACAGGGAGAGAUGACUUUUGCAUCUGGGCCCCACAGUUGUCAGGAGUGCCUGUUUUUCAUUGGCAAGUGGCUUAGGGUUGCCUCAACGUGGAGACAGGAAACCUCAUCUCUGAGGCCUGGGAUUACAUCUUUCUUUCCACAGUUUGGCACUCACCUUGACUUCUGAUAUAGCCGAAAUGUACUGAUUUUAAACCUCCUUGGAGAACACAGGCCUUUAGGCCCUCAAGCAACCCCAGGCCUGUGGCUUUCUUCAACCAUGGAGAACUUGGACUUGUUGGGGUUCCUCAUCGUCACCUUAAGCUGCAACAUGACCAUUGUGGGCAUGCUCUGGCUGGUCGUGGCGGUCCUGCUGAGGAUGCUGGUGGUCGUCUUGGCAGGGUCCCCCAUCUACCAGGACGAGCAGGAGCGGUUUGUUUGCAACACCCUGCAACCAGGAUGCGCCAACAUGUGCUACGACCUCUUCUCCCCGGUGUCUCCCCUGAGGUUCUGGCUGCUGCAGAGCCUGGCGCUGCUCCUCCCGUCUGCGGUCUUCUGUGCCUAUGCCCUGCACCUGGGAGCGCGGCUGGUGGCGGGAGGAGCCCGCGGGCCGCGCGUGCCGGACCUGUCGACCGCCUACCGGGCGCAUCUGCUGCUGCGCACGCUGCUGGAGGCGGGGCUCGCCGCCCUGCACUACCUGCUCUUCGGCUUCUCGGUCCCUACUCGUGUGUCCUGCUCCCGAGCGCCGUGCUCGGGCGCCGUGGACUGUUACGUGUCGCGGCCCACGGAGAAGACCCUCCUGAUGCUGUUCGUCUGGGCCGUGAGCGCGCUGUCCUUCCUGCUCAGCGUGGCCGACCUGCUCUGCAGCCUGAGGACCCGGACCCGGGGGACCGAGCCGGGGGCCAGGAGUGCGGCCCGGCCAGACUGCCAAGUCCCCGCGCCUCCCUCUGGCCUCUUGCAGGACCCCGAGGCCUGUCACAGCCAGGGUCAGGUGGACCAGGAGGGCAGGCAGGAGCAGAGCGUGCCCAUGGUCCCAGGUGCAUGGACCACAAGUCAGGGUGGCCACAGCCCGGGUGGUCAAGCCAGUGCGUUAAGGCGCGUGGAGCUGCCAGACGGAGAUGAUAGUGAGGCCAUGUCCUCAGCUGGUGAUGGGUUGGUGGUGGCUCACACAGAGCGCGAGUUCAGAUCCUACGGAGCGGUUGCCCAAGACCCGGGUAGCAAGAGCUCUGCUAGGUCGGGUGAGCUGCCCUCCGCCUCCCAAAGCCACCUAGCUGGGCACUGUUUAGCCAGUCAGCCUCGGGCCCCUGGCAGGCUGGCCACUUCCGGCAGCGCUCCCCAUCUGAGAACCAAGAAGUCUGAGUGGGUCUGA